AUGGGUUCACUGCAAGAGGGCUGGCAGCGGCUUAGCGUCGGUGUGGUGGGUGGUGGCAUUGGUGGCAUGUCUGUUGCGAUUGCUCUACGCCGCGCCGGCCACGAGGUAACAAUAUACGAGCGGGCUGACUACGCCGGCGAAGUUGGUGCCUCAGUGUCUUGCGCCGCUAACGGUACCCGUUGGCUACACGAAUGGGGCGUUGACGUUGCCAAAGGAGAUCCCGUUAUAUUAAGGAAGCUUAUUAACCGCGAUUGGAGAACAGGAGAACCCGUGAGUGUCUAUGACCUUGAAGACUACGAGGAGCGAUGGGGUCAUGUCUACAACAUGUUCCAUCGGCAGUAUAUGCAUAAAAUGCUGAAGGAUACAGCCCUACAACAAGAGGGCGAUGGCAUCCCAGUCCAGCUGCGAGUCAACCAUCAAUGUGAAAACAUCAACCUACAAAGCGGCGUCAUCAGUUUCAAAAACGGCGUUUCCGUACAACACGACUUAAUCAUUGGCGCCGACGGUAUCGGAUCUGUCGUUCGAUCAAUCAUCGGCAUCCAACCUGACAAGGUGCCUUCUGACCAGAGUUGUCUGCACGCCAACGUUUCUACAGAGGAAGCCGUCAAGGCUGGACUCGUCAACUAUUCUCAAGAUAGCGCGCUCGAAUAUUGGGGCGGACAGGAGGGAAAAUGGGACAAGAUUGUCCUCUCACCAUGCAACAGCGGCAAACUGCUCUCUUACUACUGCUUCUUUCCCCGAACAGUAGGCGAUUACACUACUCAUACAUGGGGUCAAGAAGAUCGUCCCGUGAAAGAGCUCUUGGACCCAUACCCGGAGCUGGACCCUCAAGUACUAGCACAUUUGAAGAUAGGUAAACAGAUCCAACCAUGGCGACUAUGGGUACAUCAGCCAUAUCCUUACAUACAACGCAGCAUGGUCUGCUUACUCGGUGAUGCCGGCCAUCCUAUGAUGCCACACCAAAGUCAGGGUGCCUGUAUGGCUAUAGAAGACGCUGCAGCUUUAGGCAUCCUCUUUGACAAGAAGCACUUCAAGGGAGACGUUGAAUCAGCUCUGGACGUAUACGACCAAGUCCGAUUGCCGAGAGUUACCAGAGUUCAAGCAGCAGCUGCAAAGGCUGCUUACAACAUCAACGAACGAAUUGGUUUUUCGGUUAACAAGAACAUAUCGACUUAUCGUGUUGAGGACGAAAAGGAAAUCUUGACCAUCGAGGAAAUGAACGCGUACGAUAUGUACAAAGAUAUCGAGGAAAUACUCGCUCAGCGAAGAGGACUACCUUUCGAGGAGAAAUUCAUCCGCGGAUUGCCCAUUGGGUUGGAGCUUCCUAAUGGGGUCGUGAUCGGGGCUCAGAGCGAGCGUUGA